UAACACAUAAGUGAAGUUAUUAUUAUCUUCAGUCUUCACUCAGAGUCACUCACUCUUUCUCUCUAUAGUUUCCUUAUUUCUCUCAACAAAUUGACAAACUACGGAUCCCAAAAUGCUCUUAACAGUUACAUUGAUCUGCAUUGUUUUCAUCGGCGUCGUCGGUGGCCAAUCUCCGGCCACCGCGCCAAUCCAUUCUCCUUCUACAUCUCCUAAAGCCACAACUCCCGCCAUUUCUCCACCUGCUCCAACCCCUGAAUCCACUCCCACGGCGGAUGCACCGGUAGAACCUCCCAUUGAGGCACCUAAAUCCUCGGCUAAUGUGCCGGUUACGCCUGCUCCUUCUCCUACACCUGAGGCUUCUUCUACUCCUCAGAUCUCUCCCCCGGCUCCUUCACCUACACCUGAGGCUGAUACUCCUUCGGCUCCGGUUGAUGCGCCGUCAGCUGAUGUUCCGGCUCCAGCUCCGAGCACACAUAAGAAGAAGACGAAGAAACAUAUGACCGCUCCGGCUCCUGGACCAGCUUCGGAGCUUCUAAGCCCUCCUGCACCGCCGGGUGAAGCUCCUGGUCCUGGACCAAGCGAUGCUUUCUCUCCCGCCGCGGACGAUCAGAGCGGAGCAGAAAGAACAAGUGUAAUGCAAAAUCUGAUGGUGGCAGCAGUCGCGUGGCCUCUACUUGCUCUAGUCUUCUAAUAAUUUUUUGUCUUGACCAUACCAUUUGUCUCCCUCAUUACAGCUCAAAUUUUGUAUUCAGCAUUUGAUAUACUAUUUCUUUUUUUGUAGACAAAAUUAUAAUUUUAAUACAUGCCAUCUUAUCUUCUGCAAAUUUGCUAAUUAUCCCAUCAAUGGUAAAAUAUUCUCACUCAUUCACAUCCAUAGCUACAAUGUUUUCUCCAAAGACAUGUAAAUACAGAAAAAGAAAACUUAGGAAAAAAAUACUAUUCCAAAUCAAAGAUUAUUCUGAGAAUCAAUCGAAAAUUAAAGAAUACAGAGAACCAAC